GACACCUUGACUCUCCUGUCGGAUUGGGAGACACCGGGACACCGGGCGGGGAGGGGAGGGGGCCCGUAUGAUUCCUCUCGAUCCGUAGGCUGUAAUGAUGGUGGUGAUGCACCGACAGCAGAGCGGCGGAUUCCUGCAGAGCCCGACACACUGCAUCACAACCCCGCACCCGAGUGUGAGCCUCCCGCUACAGGGACGCACGCUACCCUUGCACCAAACCAGAUUUCCAUACCGAUGCUUGAAGCAAACAACCGGGUAACAGACGAUCCGGUAGCUCCAUUUAUACUCCACCCUGUCUGCUGGAUGAGAUGGAGGGUUACAGCGGAAGGAGACCCCAGCUUUGAACCGAGCCUGCACAUUUUUACUGCACCUGCUUCGAUGUGCAUGCACCGGUUGUUUUGAGCACGAGGAAAGAUGAUGGGGCGAUGCUACCGGGGCAAGCUGUCGGUGUGGGCCGCUCUGUGCGUGCUGGUGCUCUGCUGGUUCUACAUUUUCCCCGGCUACAGACUCCCACGCGAUAAAGACAUAGUGGAGGAGGUGCUGAGGCAGGGGGAGGCAUGGGAGAAGAACCAGACCGGCAUCGAUUUGUACAGGAAGCUGCUGACGGAGUGCUGCGAUCCGAAGAGGAUGUUUGCAGUCACCAAGGAGAACUCGCCGAUGGGCAAGGUCCUGUGGUAUGAUGGAGAGUUUUACCACUCGCGCACAGUCAACAAUGAAACCUACCCGCUUUUUGUACAGGACAACCCUCUGCCGCUGCCCCUGAAGAAGUGUGCCGUGGUGGGCAAUGGUGGCAUUCUCAGAAACAGCAAAUGUGGACAGGACAUUGACAAGGCCGACUUCAUCAUGCGGUGCAACCUUCCUCCACUUUCUAAAGAAUAUGUGGAGGAUGUGGGAACCAGAACACAUCUUGUAACAGCCAACCCCAGCAUCAUUGAGAAAAGAUUUCAGAACCUCUUGUGGUCCAGAAAGGCCUUUGUAGACAGUAUGAAAGUCUACGGCUCCAGCUACAUCUACAUGCCGGCAUUCUCCAUGAAGCCUGGCACUGAUCCGUCAUUGCGGGCAUAUUACGCCCUGGCAGACACCUCCUCUAACCUCACCAUGCUCUUUGCCAAUCCUGAAUUCCUCCGCACAGUGGGUAGAUUCUGGAAAAGCCGCGGUGUCCAUGCCAAACGCCUCUCAACAGGGCUCUUCCAGGUCAGUCUGGCCUUGGGGCUGUGCGAGGAAGUGACGGCAUAUGGCUUCUGGCCGUUUUCUGUCGACCUGGACGAGCAGCCGAUCAGCCACCAUUACUACGACGACAUCCUGCCAGAUAAAUGGUUCCACGCCAUGCCAGAGGAGUUCGUCCAGCUUUGGUACCUGCACAAAAGUGGCACGCUUCGCAUCAGAGUGGGACGCUGCCACUCGUAGAAGGAAAGAGGUUAAAGCCAGUUUAUGGAGUCAUUUGGAGUUCAGUUGGGCCGCAGGAAACGGAUAAGGACAGGAAGUUGUGGGAAAACCCUGAGCAUACAUUUCCUCUCUGGAUCCUACAGCACUGCAUCUGUGUUCAUUCACGCUCCUGCAGCUAAUCCCUGGUUUCCAUGAGAAUGCCCUCCACCCAGACCAGCAGCAUCAGGGACACACACAAUGUAAAAUAUUCACACAUUCCCCAAACAUGCCAUAUCUUCUCUGUUUUGUUCUUAAAUUUGUGUGUGCAUGGAUGUGGUUUAUGGAAAGACUAAAAAAUUGUGAAAUUCUGCAGGGUUGGAUGGGUGGGGGAUGUGUUCUUCUCUUUUUGUAUGCUGACUACUGUAUUUGACUGACAUAUAUGGCAGCUGGACCAAACCCCUCCCCCUCUGGGUCUUUGUUAAUCAGAGACAGAAGGAGAAGAGGACCAGAGGGGGUGAUAAAACGCACUGAAAGGCUGGCGAAAUGCAAGGAAAGAGGGAGGGAUAGUGGCGUCCUGGUACCUAGUAGCUUGAAUAGGACAUUAAGAAAAGAUAGGCAGGGGGGAGAAAGAAUGAAAGCUGGCUGGUUUGUGUAUGAAAGGAUUUCCUCUGCUUUUCUUCAACCAACCAAGCGCUUGAUUGGCAUUCUCUGGUGCCAAAUGGAGCUUUAGUUCAAAGCAGGAGCCAUUAGAAACGGCGUCUUAAGUACUAUAUACUGUCGAAUGUUUAGCCAAGUUGCAUUCUUAGACCCUUCACUGAAAAGGGAACAUAAGAACAUUCAAGUCUUCAUAUGUUUUUUUAUUUGCCAAAUGUGACUAAAAUGUGAAUUCUUUUUUGGGUUCAUCUGUGGCCAUGAACAGAAGGGAGAAAUCUAAACUAAAGCAUUCAGCGCAAAAAAAAAAAAGAAAAAAAAUCUCACAUAGGUACCUCACAGGCUGACUAUGUGGUACAAUUUGGUCACAAGCAGACUUCUUAGGUUGAAAACAGUCUGAUUUACUGCGGUAGAGAGUGCAGUUACAAAGAAAUCUCUUAGUAAUGUUUCUAUACUUGCCAAGUGCCAAGCUGAGGGAACAGUGGUCUCUUUGAUCGAGCUCUUACGCUGUCCUUGUGCUCAUGAAUGGCGAGAUAUUAAGAGAGACAGUGACGAGAAAACCCUUCAGGACUUGAUGUCACAAAAUGGGAUUCUGAUUUAGUUUAUUCACAAGUUGUUCAUUUUUCCCGAGUAUCACCCUCAGGAUGGGAAGCUUGCCUGCCCUAAAUGCUGAACCUCUGUGUUCCAUGUUUGUAAAUCUUUACAGAGGGGUAAUAGUUUAAUUUCUUCUCCGUAGAUCUGCAAGUUUUAGUCACAAUGGGUAGCUCAAAACUGAGGAAGCCUGGGCCGUUUUUAAUUUAAACCAAGAACUAAGUCAAUAAUUCCCAGCUAAAUUAUAGCUAAAUAGUUUGCUUCUGUUUCAUACUUCUGACUUGUUAGCUUCUGUCUAAUGUUAGCCUGUGACUGUCUGAAUUUUCUGUUGUAACUCAAGUUACUGUAAGACUACAGAUAAUGUUAGCAUUCACCCAACACCUAGCUAACAGUUUUUGUAGCAAAACAAGAUUUUCAAUUGUUAGAAAGAAAUAGUCCAGUGCAGACUUUUUGUAGUUUUACAGUAGCCAAUGGGUUAUAAAAUAUGUAGCCUAAAGAUCAGAUAAAAGCCAAGGGUAGCUUUCACCAAAUUCUUGGCCAUCAUUACAUCUUACCCUGGAAAAUUCAGCUAAAGCCGACAGCUAGGGACCAGUUUGACUUCCUUAGGCAAGCUACGUUUUUGACAAGCUACUAGCAAACGGUUAUCUUAAUUCAGCCAAGGGGUUGUUAAGUAUGUAAUGCUAACAGAAAUUAUUGUUGAACACCUAAUUCUAGCAUUUAACCAAUACCAAGGUAACAUACUAGUUUUACUGUGUGACAAAACAUGUUUAGUCAGGAAGUAGUUAAAUGCACAGAUUUGCUGCUGUUGUUUGGCUUAUAACACAUGUCGUUGUAUGUUGUGAAAUAUAGUCAGACAACAGCUAAUGUUGCCACGAAGCUACAUUAGCUUUAGCUGCCUAACAUAGCUUCUUUGUGAGCGUAGCUUUAGCUUUCCUGCUCUGUUAUCUUUAGUUACGUUAGCUUUAGCAACGUGAGCUGUAACAAAAGUAGCUAAAGCUAACUUAGCUUCCAUAAUUUUUGUUGGCAAAAUGGUGAAGUUAGCUUAAAAUGUGUCUAAAUGAGGAAUGUUUCUAGGCAAACAUUUUCUCAUCCAAUUACUGCAAAUCAAAAUUGUGUUUCAAAGACGAGUCUAAAUUAAAAUAACUUCAGACCAUAACGGUGUAAAGUUGGCUUACAGAAUUUGGCCAAACUUAGCGCUGCUAAUGCUGACCUUCGACCCUCUUUGCAGGUUAACAUACUUGUUCCUGAAUGUUGUCACUCAUUGCUUUGGUUAAACAGUAUGUGAGUAUGACCUGACACAGCCUUUGGAUAAUUUUAUCCCCAUUUUCCAGAUCAAACAAGUGCUAAACUGCAUAUUCCUAAGAGUUGCUAUCAAUUCUAUCAGUUCUCUGUUGUUAACAUUGGAUUAAAGAGCACCGUGGCACAUGGCAAUAGUCAUUAAGAACUACAGUGCCUACUAGUGGCUGGAGGCUGUGUUAGAGUUUAAAUAUAGUGUUUGAGCAGGAAUGUAGGCCUUAACUGAUGGAAAAUAUACAGAAUUAGUUAAACUAUUUUAUUAUGUCUGGAGCUUACAAGCAAGGGAUCAGAAUUUUACUGUUUAGCCAGCUAGCUGCACAAUCCCUUGUUCAUGUCAGUUAAGUACCUAAUGGAGGGGUAUUUGGCAAUAUUUCAAGGAAUACAACAACACAUUCUUUAAUAUAUGUUAAUGAUUAUUUUUAACGUGGUUUGACAAUUUGUAGCCUACAUGACUAUAUGCUAAGAACAUUAGGGAUGAUUUAACAUACUUCUUACAGUGUUUCCAACUGUACUGUUGACUUGGAAGUGGUUGCUUACUUUGGCUGUUGCCUAACGUAGCCAGUAAAUAAUAUUUUCAUAACUUUGCUGUUGCUUAGCCAUGCAAUAGCAGUCAAAUGAUAUCAAUCUAAUUCCCUAGUUUUAUUUUACAACAGUAGCAGUACAACAUGUUAAAAACUGUAGUGCUUGCCAUUCUGAGUGCGAUGCCACAGGAAAAUGACAACUGUGUAAAUACAGUGAUUUAUUUUUUAUUUAAGGGUGUUGGACAUUUUAUUGAAUAAUUUGUGGUUUGUUAAUGUGAUUUCCAGCGUUAAAUUUUGCAUCAGAGCACAGGAAGAACUGAGCCUCUGUUCUGUGCUCAUGAAUUUUUUCCAUUUUUUCUUGCACAAGGGAAAAAAUGCACUCAGUGUAACAUAACAUUUUGUUCUAGUGUAUUUUUGGUACUUGAAGGCCUUGACAAUACUUUAUUAGAAAUUGUUGUUUUUGUAUGUUAUUUAAGGGUGAUACAUGGGACUGUGCCAUAUUGUCAAUGCCACAACUAACAGAUGACUCUGCAUGGAAUGUGCAUGGAGCGUACCACAAUCCUGCAAAAUACUCUUCUGACUCCAGAUACCCAACAUGACAUUAAGGUCAUUCUUGUUGCUUUUAUUUUAAAUUAAGUAAGGUCCAGUGCCUUUGCAACUAAUGGAGGCACAAUGAUAACUGAAACAAACAGUUUUUCCGAUGCUGAUUGAGGACUUAAAUGUCUUUUAAUUGUGAUUUUUUUGUAUCUAACUUGGCUCUGUUGGACCAUAUCUGAAAAUGACCCCUUACAUCAAGUGAUAUCAGCUUAAAAAACACAAAAUUUUGGACUGUUAAAUUUGUAAUAUUCCUGUUCCAAAUGGACAUCUGGCUCUGCAAGUACUGUCCUGAAGUAUGUUGACCAAUUUGCUUUUGGAAUUGAUGUUUAUUUGCACCUUUUUGUUAUCUGCUUUCCUGCCUAGUAUUGUGAAUGACUGAGAUGUGACAUAGUGUGAGUUGUAAGUAAGCAUGAUGAUUUUUAAUGUGUAUGUGCUUUUGGUACACUGGUUUGUAUCUAUUUUCAUUAUCUUCUGAUUAGUGGCCUCAUUCCAUCCCAUCUGAGCAAUUUGAAAAAAAAAAACACAAAACAUUACAAAGCUUAGAUUUCUUACCAAAAGGGAGACGAAUCACUUAUGUACAUAAUGGACUGUUAGCAUUGAGACAAAUUAGUUUAGAAACACUCGUUUUUUUUCAGGAGCUUCUGAUGGACUUCAUAGCUACACAGGUUCAAAUAAACUGCUUUUAUUGCUGAAAAAACAUGUUGGAUGUCUUGGCACUGUGUUCCUCCUGAUAUAACCUAAACAGCUUACAUUUAUAUUCAAGAGGCUCAAAACCCUCUGAGCAUUCCUUUUUCAAGACAAUAUUUAAAAAUGACAUACAUUUUCAACCAUUUUUGUUACUGAUUUGCCAUUACAACAGAUUUAUUGAAGGGAAAGCACAUCAUCAGUGAUACUUAGGUUCAAACUACAGGCUUCAGAUUAAACCCUCACUCCAAGAUAUAGCCUACUCUGCAAUUUUCAUUAUAAAAUUAUCACACACUGUGAGAGUCACAUUUCGGGAAUGACAAGCAAAUAGAAAAAAUGAGAUUGGAAGAUUGAUACCAAACAUGUCUGGUAGUUGUAAAUGAAGCUACAGCUAGCAUAGGGUUAGCCUAGCUCAGCAGAAAGACUAAACCAAAGGAUACAGCAUGCUAAGUGAUGCCUUUGAGUUUAGAUAUCAUAAUUUAUGUGCAUUUAAUAUAAAGGUCAUGCAAAUUCAUAUAAAAACAAGAUAUGAGCACAGUGCAGGAGCUGGUGAGCAUGAAGCUAACAAAAGCUGCAGCUAUUGGCAGAUUAGCCUAAAAAAAGACUGGAACAAGCAGCGUGUCUCAAAUUGCAUACUUCUGUUUCUAUACUGUAUUAAAGUACAAUUAAAUGCAGUAAAAAGCAUUUUAUCACAGUAGGUUAGUAUUUAUUCAAAUUGUGCACUGCCCUUAAGCGCUAACAGGAAGUGACAACGGUUUAACUGCCUCUUUAUUUGUCUUCUGUUUAUUAAAGAUGGGCCAACAGGCUAAACUAACUGUCAUAUUAGGCAUACACGAGCAAUGAAAGCAAAUAAAUACAUUUCCCUAAACAUACAAUAUUUCUUAGAUACUGAGUCCUUACUAGAGUUAAAGAAAACUUUGGGAGUAACCGAACAUGGCAGAACAAACUUGACUCCGACAGAUGCACCAAGGCAGUUCUUGUCAUCUAUUUGCCUGAUCAUUCCUGCCCACUGGCCUCAUUUGUCAAACUUCAAAUCAUGUGACUGAAGGGUGACCUAUUGGUUAAAGUUUAGACAUGGAAAGGUCACGUCUCUAAUAACUGUAGCAGCCAUAUGAGCGCCCUCAAUGUAGGCAAAACACUGGACUCCAACAUGAUUCCAGUUUAAAACCUGCCCCUGUGUUAGCACUGCGGCUUCCUUUCACCUCAUAAUAACAGCUUUUACUGUUGCAAAAAAAGGCAAGUUAUUGAUAGUGUAAAACAACAGAGAUGUCAAUUUACAAAUUUAAGUUUUCUGUUUUCUGGGUCAAACAGUAAAAAUAAAUAUAUUUUGGCUUUUGUUUUACCAUGAUAAAACUGCAGAAUGGUUAAAAUUAACAAGUUAUUCCUUGCUAAAGGAUUUUGCAUCUCUUUUCUUUUUUGGGGGAUUUUAUUUAUUUAUUUAUUAUUAUUAUUAUUACUAUUAUUAUUAUGUGUUGCUUUUAGCUCAUUUGAGUUAGUAAACUUGAGUUGAAUUGGUACAUGAUGGUGACCAAUGUUGGACAUUGCUGUGUUUUUGUAUCCCAACACUUGAGGUCUUAAAAAAAAAAUAAAACUGAAUCCCAGUCUUAAAUAGAGUGCUGUAGGGAUGAUAUAUUUUUGUAGGGCAACCCUGUAGUUAGAAUUGUGCAGGAUACUUUGACAAAUAUCCUUUUUGAUGGGUUUUUGGAUCAUCAGUGAAAAUAAGUUGUAUGGUGAGAAAAUAUUUAUGGCACUUUCAAGAUAAUCUUUACGAAUAAACACUAUCUUCAUGACUUUUCAAAAAUAAAACUCUAAUAUAAUGCCAUAAAAGAGCUACACCGUGGCUGACUGACUUAAACCUCAGCACCACUGAGCCCUCAACUUUUAUUCUGUGCCCUCACCUCUUUCGUAAAAGACAUUCUUUUGUGCAGCAGGCAUUGCUUACGUAGCUCUGUGCUAUGUAGAUAACAUAGCAGGGUAGCUAACACAGUUGAAGCUAACCUCACAAAGUGGCUAUGUUAUCUACAUAAGCUAUAUACACUACAUAAGCUAUGUAGCUAUGUUCUCUACGUUGCUACAUUAGCUUUAGCUACCUUAGCUCUUUGUUAAGAAAGAUGCAUGGCACUUACACAUUUUCCACAUAAUCUUUAUGAAAGAACAACAUUUCAUGGCUUUUGAACUAGUUGGCAAAGGUAAAAAUGUAAUGUUAGGUCCCCUCUAAGUCCCUUACUGUUAUUUUGUGCUCUCACUCCCUCUGUAAAAGAAAUUCUUGCUCUCCAUGAAGAUAUUUUAACACAGCAAGCGUAGCUUACGUUGUUUUGUGCUAGGUAGAUAAUGUGGCUAGUUAAAGCUAAGCCCACAAAGCAGCUAUUUAAGCUACAUAAGCUACAUAGCUAUGUUCUCUAUAUAGCUACGUAAGCUGUAGCUACGUUUGCUAAGGCUGACGUCUCUAAAGCUGAUGUGGCUAAACCUGAUGUGGCUAAAGCUGAUGUGGCUAAACCUGAUGUGGCUAAACCUGAUGUGGCUAAAGCUGACGUCGCUAAAGCUGAUGUGGCUAAAGCUGAUGUGGCUAAAGUUGACGUCGCUAGAGCUCAUGUGGCUAAAGCUCACUUUGCUAAGGCUAACUUAGCUACAUUAGUUUACAAAGUAACAUACUAUACACUGUGAUGUGGAGAAAAGAUCAUCUCUUCUCUGUCAAUCAAAUUCUAACAACAAAAAAAGCUCUUAAAUGGGAUCUGGAUAUCUUUAAGAAAUGCAGGCUUUGAACAGACCCCCUAACAGGCAUGUCUGUAGUCCUAGUUCCAGAUGUUUCUAAUGCCUCAGACCUUUAUUCAAAUAUUCAAAAAGCUCAUAGAGUACGAGAUAACAAACCAAGUAUGCUAAACUGCUAACUCAUUCCUUUGUUUAAGGCUUUGUUUAGGACUCAUUCCUGCAGCACUCCAUGAGUUUAUGGUACGCUCCCCUUCUCCUGUUUCCAGUUUCAUCUUUUUAUGAUUGAUAUGAUUGAUCCUGCUUUAUAUUCUAUUUAAACAAAUGCAAAAAACAUUUGCAAAGACUGUUUGAUUCGUUUAUGAUCCAUGCCGCGCCAGAGGACUCUUUACAUAUAUUUGAAGAUUUGAUGUUAUCCUCAGAUUGGUAGAUUGGUUAUUUUAGACAUGUAUAAAUGUGCUAUUUUGUCCUUGAGAGGCUGAAUUUUUGUUGAAAACAUUUGAAGGAAAAAUAAAACUUUCUGUUUGCUGUUUCAGACACCUCAACUGUCACCAUUUCUGCUCAUUUCAGUCAUCUACUGUGAAAAACCCUGCCUGAGCAUGUCAAAAAUAAAUCAAAAGUGCUGUUCAAAAUGGACUAAUUGUAUGUGCCUCCUGGAUGAAACUGUGGAGGAUUAGUGAUUAAAAAAAAAAAAACAUAUCCCUAGACAAACACGUCCA